GUGUGAUCCAAAAAAAGUAGAGCCAGUUGUCCAUCAUUGUUAAUUUUGUUCCCUGUUAAUCACUGACUGCUGAAUCCUGCAGCAAGAUGAGCUGUGUCUUUAUUGUGAAAUUAUGAAAGAACUUGUCUGUUCUACCAGAUGAACCCUGAAAUGGUGAGAAUACGUUGGCACACUGCACCAGCGAUCCAGGCCCUGAAACUGGUUAAGUUACAAACCUGUGUGAAGGCAGAACCUAAGGUCAAAGUCUCACCCUAAACUAGGCUAGUCAUUCUGGAUGGACUCUGCCACCAAAAUACCACUACAUGGCUUGUGCUUGAAGGGCUGUGGGGCCGGGACCACUGCUGAGCCAAGAUGAAUCUGUGCUAAUUUUUUAUUCAAACCUAUUUCUGACCAUGAUAUGUUCUCCCAGGUUACACAGGCAGCAGCCAGCUUCCUCUAGAGAAAGCUGGACUGUUUCCUGUCACCUACCAUGCAGCACAUUUUCUUGCACUUCUUGCAUUCUAAGUCUUGCACUUCAAGACUUAGAGUCUUGAAGAAACCAAGCAACCUCUCUUCUUGAGUGGCUGUUUAAACUGAAAUGUGUUACAAGUGUGGAAGAGAGGAAAACUGCCAGGUCUUCUCUGAGAAACCGCAGUGUGAUGGAGAACAUCCUUUACUCAUGUUUUCAGCCACUUGCAGCCUGUAGACAGAGCUCUCCUUCCCUGUGUGAUGCCUACAAGAAACCUAAGGCUAUUUUUUUGUGUGUGUGUAUAUUUUGAAAUCCAUUUUACCUCUCCUUUUUAAACCUCUGCCAGCUCCCACUCAAAGGAAGAGAGUGAAUCCUCCAUGUCUCUGCACUCUGAGGAGUAGAGUCACUGGUCUGCAGCUAGCUGAGGGGUUUCCAGGUGUUGGACUCUUUGGUGGUAGGAGAGACCUUUCCUGUUCUGGGGAGGAAUUGGCCAAGAUGUGGCAGAGGCAGGUCUGAGGAACUACUUCUCCCUGUGGGAGCAAAACAGAAUUUGGAGGAGACGAUCUUUAUUCACAAAUAAAUGACUGAAAUGUGAGCAGGAAAAGGGACACAAAUCCUGCAGUUGUCACUUGAGAACAAGAGCUGAUUGGUGUGGGCCCAGGUGAAAAGCCUUGGGAGGGUCAAGCUUGGAAGCUGCUGACCUGGUAUGGCAGUUUUGUCAGUUUUCUCUCAUUCUUGACUCUCCUCAGGACACCAGGCUUUAGAGGAAGUGCAGCACUUUGGAAGGCUGGCAAGUCUGUCUCCUGCCACGUGCUGCCCUGGGUGUAGCUGGAAUGCAGACUGAUGGCAUGGCUGUUGUUGGAGUUAGAGGAGAGGUCAGGUUGGAGCUCAGGUUACCCACGGGUUCUCGCUCAGUGCUGGCACAGGCUCUGUCCCUGCCAGUCACUGUCUUUGUUUAUCUCUGUAGUGAGCAUGGGGAACACCCCAGAAGUCUCUUUACCCUGACCAAGAUUGAACAAACACCCUUGGACUUGUGAUCCCUAAAGGUAUUUCAGCUUCAGGGCUGUGUAUAAAUCAAAAGCUGUUGCAGCAGCUCACUGGGGAGAGUUCCUCUUGCUUCCUGGACAUUUGGCAAUAAAUAUUGGUGACAUGUCAUGCCAGAUUAUGCCACACUACCUGACAGCUCCCUCCUCUGUAGGAGAUGAUGCUCCAUCCCCCUUCUUUGCCCAGAUAACUGGUUGGGCUAAUGGCCUUCCCUGGGGUCUAAAACAUUUGGUUCCCUGGACUGUUUUGCUAAAAAAAGGCAAUGGGACUGCUCCAGGUAUUUGAGGAAGUCACACAAACUCCACUGGGAGAUUCUGUCUUUUGAUCAGCUUUGAGCAAGUACUGGAUCCACUCAGUAGCAGCAUACUUUGGUGGUCUGAAUGUCUCACUAAACUACCUAAAUUGCACUUCUUGCCCCCCUCCAGCCAUGACUGGAUGCGGGGUCAGUGCACUGAGCUUUCUGUGCUGCCCUAAACUGAUGGGCUUGCUUGUUUGGGUUCACAGAAGUGAUGCUGAGUGCUGCCAGCCUGCUAUGCCGUGAAGCUGCAUCCUCCCACUCUGGCACGCUGGUGUGCUUCCACUGCCUCCAGCACCAGGUGCUCCAGGAAGUGCUUAUGCAAGAAGGGAAUAAAGGGAAUAUCCGCAGGGCUUGCUUUGAAGCAGCUGGCAUUGAACAGCUAUGAUUCACUCCUUUGUGUUUGUGGAGCUGGAUGAGCCACCCUGGCCUGCUGCAAGGCACCCUGUACAGUGUGUGUGCGUGCAGGUGUUUGCUGCUGGCUGCUGAGAGAGAACCAGAACCUCAGGAGAAAGAAAUGCUCUCCAAAUUCUGCUCAGCUCACGAUUGUUUGAUUGUUUUUUUCUGGCCCGAAUCUGUGCUCUGUAAGGGCUCUGGCAUCUCUAUCAGCUCUCGCGCAGGUGAGAUGAGCUGUCUCAGGCCCAAGGGGGUGCACUGGGGAGCACAGCGUGCCCCUUCUCCCUCUUCCCUCUCCUGGUGCCAGUGCCCUGUGGAGCAGCUGAAGCUCCUGCCCCGCUGUCUGGGGGUUUUGGUGCUUGUCCUUGUCCUGCAGAGGGCUGGCAGCUGGGCUGCAGCCGCUGUCCCCGUCCCGCUGUGGCAUCCCCGCUCUGCUGCACAGCCCGUCGGGUCCCUGCUCGGGGGCUGCCGAGCACAGGCUGUUUCCCUGUGUCAGGAGAACCCAACCCUCACAAUCUGAGGGCUGUGGUGAGCGGCCCAGCAAGCUGCCCUUUCCCACCCUCCCUGUGUUUGCUUUGGAGGGUUUUAACCACCGUGAUUUUGAGCCGGGACAGGUGCAGGGUGGCUGAAAGCAGAGCCGGGCUCUGCCCUCGCUGCAGCACUUGGACCGGUGUCUGCCAGCCCUGACUUCAGUCCCCAGGCAUCAGCCCCGAGCUGGAGCGGGGCCGUGCGAUGGGGAUAUUCACUCUGCCGUUCCCAGCCUGGGAAGGGAGAGCACCCGCUGCUCCCCGGCCCCCCCAGCGCAGGGCUCCGCGGGCCGGGAGCGGGGCGGGCCGGGGGCUCAGCCCGGCGCCCCCGGGGUGAGGGAGGCACAGCCGGGGCUGCCCCCACCCCUCCCGUGCCCCUGCCCUGGGGUGCCGGGGCGUGGAGCGUCCGGCCGAACCGGCUGGGCGAGCCGGGCUGAGUCACGGCGGGCGGAGCGGGGCUGGGCGGGGGGCGGCAGUGCCGGCCACCGGCUCCAUGGCGCUCAGCGUCCGCCUCCGCAGGCUCUGCGGGCUCCCGGGCCGCGGCGAGCGGCAGGCCCAGCUCAGCUUCCGAGGCUUCACCCAGAAGACGAGGAAGGUCCGCUGUGGCCCAGAGGCCGUCUUCGAGGAGCUCUUUCGUUGGCCUCACUAUGGGAAGCUCAUCAUGGGUGAAAUGCUGUCCAUUAAAGUUUACAACUGCAGCAAGGUUUUCAGUAACAGACUGCUCGGUACCCUCGUGCUCAGCCUUCAGCACCUCGUCACGGCCGGGAGGCUGAUCCUGCGGGAGUCCCUCGUGGACAGGAACCACAGAAUCACCGGUAUCUACAUUGAGUUGGAUUUGCGCUACCAGCCUCCAAAUGGCUCAGCAGGGACCUGGGUUGAAGAGGACUUUGUCUAUCAGAUGAAAGACAGCUCGGAGUUAAUCAUCCGCAAUCCUGGAUUCGAGCAGCUGGAGGCUGCCGAGGGGCCGAGAGUGAGCGAGCUGGACAGGAAAGCUGCUGCACUGGGCAGGAAGCUGGCAAAAGGCCUGGAGACUGAUGAAGAAGAGGAAGAGGAGGAAGAUCUCUAUGAUGAGUCUGAGAUUGAGGUCUCAGGCAUCAUCUUCAGCCCUGUGAAGAGCCGCUCCAGACUCUGCUCUGCACGGGACCUCUUUGCCAUCCCAACCCCACAGAGCUUCCAGGUUGGAAUUAAUAUAAUUGAAGCACAGAAGCUGGUGGGGGUGAACAUUAACCCCUUCAUUGUAGUCAAGGUUGGAGAGGAGAAGAGGUACACGGCGACGCAGAAGUCAACAAACUGCCCCUUCUACAAUGAGUACUUUUUGUUUGAAUUCCAUGAGCCAAGGGACAUUUUAUUCCACAGACUCAUAGAAAUUUCAGUUUUUCACUCAAAGAAGAUACCCUUCCUGGGGACAUGCAUAGGAACAUUCAAGAUGGAUGUUGAGACAGUGUACAGCCAGCCAGAUCACAGGUUUUUCCAGAAGUGGGCAGUUGUCAGUGACCCCACGGACACCCGGGCAGGCGUGAAGGGCUUUGUGAAGUGCAGCAUCUCUGUCUCUGCACGUGGGGAUGUUGUGGGCUUCCUUCCCACCUCUUCCAGCAGCCGGGAUGAGGACAUUGAAAGGAACCUGCUGUUGCCUAAGAGAGUCCCUGCAGAGAGACCCUGGGCCAGGGUCUCCAUCAAACUGUAUCGUGCUGAGGGCCUGCCCAGCAUGAGUGCAGGCAUCAUGGGUGGUUUCUCCAAGAUCAUAGGGGAGAGAAAAGUCUUUAUCGACCCGUACGUGCAGGUCUCGUUCUGUGGGCAGCAGGGGGAAACAUCGGUGGAGACCAGCACCACCGAGCCUGAGUGGAACGAGCAGAUCAGCUUCAUCGAGAUGUUCCCACCUCUGUCCAGGAAGAUAAAAGUCCAGGUGCUGGAUGAUGCCAAUGUAGGUGAUGUGGCCAUUGCUACACACUACAUUGACCUGCAGGAGAUCUCGGACCCCGACAGGAACGGCUUUAACCCCACGUUUGGCCCAGCCUGGGUGAACCUGUACGGCUCCCCUCAGAACUCGGCCCUGCGGGACAUCCACAGGGACCUCAACGAGGGCAGGGGCGAGGGCAUCUUCUACCGCGGGCGUGUCCUCAUGGCCAUCGCAGUGGAGAUCUUCAGCAGCCCCAGCGUGGCAGAGAGGAAGCUUAGGGACAGGACGAGAGGUACCCUCAGCAAACUGAAGCUGAAGAAGAAAAGUAAAAAAUCCAAAGAGAAAGCCAAAGACCCGAGCCAGCUGCAGGGAGAGGGGGAGGCUGGGAGCUCUCAGGAGGCUGAGCAGCCCGGGGAGGUCAUUGUGGAGGUGGAAGAGCUUCAUCCACUGCCUGAGAAUGUGCUGGGGAAAAAGGAAGAAUUCCUCCUUUUUGCUGCCUUCUUUGAAGCCACUAUGAUGGACUCCUCUCUCAGCUCUAAACCUGUCAGCUUUGAAAUCUCUAUAGGAAACUAUGGCAAAUCUGAAGAGGUUGUGACCAAAGGAUGGCAAAAAGCGGAAAAGGGAGAAGUGAAAGAAGAAAAGAAGCCUUUGCUGGAUGCUGGUUCAGAUGGUGAGCUGGAUGCUGAAGUCCCGAGCCCAGCUUCAGCAGCACGGAACAAGUCAGUGACAAAGAGCCAGAGACCAGAGCCCAUGGAGUGUGACAGGUCAUACAGCUGCCUGCCCAUGGUUCAUGAGAAACCCUGCGUGUAUGUGUGGAGCUACUGGGAGGAUCACGCCUGGAGGCUCUGCAUUUCCAACUGGAUUGUCAAGCUGGCAGAGCGCCUGGAGCAGGGGCUGGAUGACGUGGAGAAGCUCUUGAGAAGGCCAAAGGCUAAAGCAGAAGAACGGCUCAGAGAGGUGCUAGAGGAAUUUGUAGCUGGAUGCAGGCAAUAUUCACUCGGUGCAGAGAGAAAAACAAUGGCACAUCCAAACAACCUGGACAGAUGUCGGAUGAAAUACCUGAUGCGCAACAUCAUCCUGAGUGCAAAGCAGGGGCUCCGUGUGAGGCGGCGGCUGAGUCGGGACAACGUCAAGGACAAGGUUAAGGAGACAAGGAGGGUCCUGGCAAAGCUGCGCUCCAUGGCUAAGGAGCCCCAGUGCACUCUCCCCGAUGUACUCAUCUGGAUGCUCAGCAACAACAGGCGUGUGGCAUAUGCCAGAAUUCCUGCACAAAACAUCCUCUACUCAGUAGUUGAAGAGGAGAAAGGCAAGGACUGUGCGAAGAUCCAGACUGUCUUUAUGAAGGUCCCUGGCUUACACACUGGUGAGAUUUUUGCCAAACUGGAAAUCUACAUGUGGCUUGGGGUAACCAAAUAUGCGAAAAACUGUUUGGCAGAGCUGCCUGAGGAGUUCAAGUACCUUUCUGAGAGCGGAGAGGAGAUAGGCCAGCUGCCAGCACACGGCCCUCCCAGCCGGCUCAGCAGGGAUGAUUUCAGCUAUUUCCAGCUCCGAGCCCAUCUGUAUCAGGCUCGAGGGAUCCUUCCUGCAGAUGACAAUGGCCUUUCAGAUCCAUUUGCGAGAGUCGUGUUUUCAACUCAUUGCCAGACCACCAGGGUGCUGGAGGAGACACUGAGCCCCAUGUGGAAUGAGCUACUUCUGUUUGACCAGCUCAUUAUUGAUGGGAAAAAAGAAGAGCUAAAAACAGAGACCCCCAUAAUUAUAAUCAACCUUUUCAGCCACAAUAAAUUCGGCUCCCCUGAGUUCCUUGGCCAGGCCUUUGCUGUUCCACAGGUGAAGCUGGUGGAUGAGCCGUACACCAAACCUGCCCUGCAGUUCUUUGAUUUCUACAGAGGCACCAGAGCAGCAGGAGAGCUCAUUGCCACGUUUGAGCUGAUCGAGCUGGAUUACAGUGGCUAUUUGGAGCCAUCAGUGUCUGAGGAUGUGGAGCCCAAGGAGCCUGACUUCCUGGGAGACCCCCGUGCCGGCCGGUUCAUCAUCCCUGAGGGCGUCCGCCCGGUGCUGAAGGAGUUCCGCAUAGAGAUCCUGUUCUGGGGCCUGAGGGACCUGAAGCGGGUGAACUUGUUCGAGGUGGUUGAGCCCCAGGUGAUCAUUGAAUGUGCUGGCAAGAAGGUGGAGUCAGAGGUGAUCGUGACCUACAAAGAGAACCCCAACUUCACUGAGCUGGUCAAAUACAUGGAUGUGGAGCUCCCAGAGCAGGUGUACCUGCACCCUCCUCUCAGCAUCUUCGUGGUGGAAAAACGGGCGUUUGGGCGCACUGUGCUGGUGGGGAGUCAUGUUGUGUCUGAUGUGAUGAAAUUCUCUCCCAGAGAGCUGGAGGAGGAACCAGAGGAUGUGCCCAGAGCUCAGAAAGUCUCAUCCCACCGCCUUCCCUCUCAGACUGUGGUAAACAUUGGAACUGCAGCUGGUGACCCAGGUCCCAGUACUCACCCCCUUAGUCUGGUGAAGGCUCCCUUGAAGAAAAUUCCUAUUAAUAAGUUUGUGAAGAAAGAAAAUGAAUAUGAAGAGGAAAAACCAGAAGUGGAAGAACUGGAUUGGUGGUCCAAGUACUAUGCAUCCCUGAAGGAGCUCUAUAACCAGACAUACAGUGAUGAAGAAGAUGCUGAGAAUGACGACCUGAAUGAUGCAGAUGGAGGGAAUUUAAAUGCAUCCUGCAUUGACAUGGAAGCAGAGGACGAGGCAGUGAUUGAAGCUGAACCAGCUCAACCCAAGAGGAAGCUCAUUGCCACCCUUCAGAUCUACAAGUCUGAGCUGGAAAAUGAGUUUGGUAAUUUUGAAGACUGGCUGUGUAUUUUCCCCCUUCAUCGUGGCAAAGCAAAUGAAGAUGAAGAUGGAAACGAGGAUGAACAUUUUGUGGGGAAGUACAAGGGCUCCUUUUAUGUCUACCCCAGCAAGGAAGCUGGCACAGAGCCCAAGGUCUCCCGGGGAGUUCCAAGGAACAGACCCAUCAAGGUUCUUGUAAGAGUUUACAUUGUUAAGGCUACCAACCUGUCUCCAGCAGACCCCAAUGGCAAGGCAGACCCCUACGUGGUGGUGACGGUGGGGCAGGAGCAGAAGGACACAAAGGAGCGAUACAUCCCAAAGCAGCUCAAUCCUGUGUUUGGAGAAGUUGUGGAGCUGACAGUCUCCUUUCCCAUGGAAUCAGAACUCACUGUGGCAAUAUUUGACCAUGAUUUAGUUGGAUCUGAUGAUCUGAUUGGGGAGACCAAGAUUGAUUUGGAGAAUCGAUUCUACAGCAAGCACAGAGCCAACUGUGGAGUGGCUGCUCAGUAUGAUGUAAAUGGCUACAACAUGUGGCGAGAUGCUUUCAAACCCACACAGAUCUUGGAUAGUUUAUGCAAGAAGAACUCACUUCCUGCUCCAGAGUACAGAUGGGAGGAGGUCAAAGUGGACAAUAAAAUAUUCAAGGUCCCUCCAGAGGCUUUUCCUGAAGAGGCCUCUGUGAGGAACAAGAGAGGAGUGGCAGAUGGGAACUGGUCAGUGGAUGAUGAACAUAAGGCUUUGUACGUCCUGCAGCACUGGGAAGAGAUGCCAGGAUAUGGGUACAAGCUGGUACCAGAGCAUGUGGAAAUCCGGUCUUUGUACAACCCGGAGAACCCUGGGCUUGUGCAGGGCUCCUUGCACAUGUGGAUUGACAUGUUUCCCAACGAUGUCCCUGCACCGCCGCCCGUCAACAUCAAGCCACGGCUGCCUGUCAGCUACGAGCUGCGUGUGAUCAUCUGGAACACGGACAGUGUCAUUCUUGAUGAUGUCAACCCAGUAACGGGAGAGACUUCCAGUGAUAUCUACGUGAAAAGCUGGAUAAAGGGUCUUGACCACGACAAGCAGGAGACGGAUGUCCACUUUAACUCCUUGACUGGGGAAGGCAAUUUCAACUGGAGGUUCAUCUUCCGCUUCAACUACCUCCCGACCGAGAAGGAGAUCACCUACAAGAAAAAGGACUCUGUCUUCUCUGUGGAGGAGUCAGAGUUUCGGGAACCAGCUGUUCUGGUCCUCCAGGUCUGGGAUUACGACAGGAUUUCAGCUAAUGACUUUCUAGGCUCCAUCGAGCUGAAGCUGCAUGACAUGGUGAGGGCAGCCAAGAGCUCUGAGCAGUGCACCAUCAGGAUGGCCAAGGAGAACGCAACACCUCGCUUCUCCAUCUUCCGAAACAAGCGCAUGAGGGGCUGGUGGCCCUUCAUCAAACUCAAAGAUCAAGAAGACGAGGAGAGAGAGGAGAGGGAGUGCAAGAAGAAAAAGAAAAAGAAGUGGAGCAGCUCAGUCAAACCAGAGGACGUGGAAUUCACAGACCCCAGUGGGAACAAGUACCUCCUGACAGGUAAGGUGGAAGCAGAGUUCCAGCUGCUGACUGUGGAGGAGGCUGAAAAAAGUCCUGUUGGUUUGGGCCGGAAAGAGCCUGAACCCCUGGAAAAGCCCAACCGGCCAAAGACGUCUUUCAACUGGUUUGUGAAUCCCAUGAAGACCUUUGUGUUUUUUAUCUGGAAACGGUACAAGAAAUAUAUAAUAGUGCUGUUCAUUGUCACUGUUCUGACCAUCUUCCUGGUUCUUUUGAUCUACACCAUGCCUGGAUACAUCAGCGAGAAGAUCAUCAAUGGAUAAAUGCUCUCCAGCACAGGACUACUCAAAGACAAGGGUGAUUGUGGCAGGAAUUGAGAUUGGACCAGAAAGUUUAAUAAAACCCUGCAGUUUCAGAGGCAACCUUCAGGGUGAGAGACCUGCAGAAGCAGCCUUUUUCUGGGAGUCACAUUUCAUGCUACAUACCCAUGAGAUGCAAAGGAACCAAGUGACCAACCUGCUAUAUUGGGCAAACUCCUUGAAAGACAGUUACAACUUCGGGGGGAAAAAAAUUAUUCAUUGUGGGACUGGAGCGGGAGGGUGGGAAAAGGGAAUCUGCUGGGCACAGACAUAGCAGCUGAAACCAGCUCUGGCCAUUGAGGGUGAUUCUGGCAGAGAUGGGGCCAUGCAAAGCCAUCCAUGCCCUGGCUUGACAACACUUGGCAUUUACCAGACCUCUGCCUGAAGAGUUCAAAACACAGUGUACAGGGGGAGAGGGUUGUGUACAGGGUACAGGGUACAGUGUACAGGGUCUGGUGCGGGUUCCUGGUGGAGGUAGGACCUGAAAGACCUUUGAAUGGAGCUCUGCAGGGAGAAGGAUGACAGAGACAAGGUAGCCACAAGCUUCCUGCUGUGCCAAGAGCACAGGAACAACUCUUGGUGUUGGAGUUGGCUCUGGGUGUGGUAACACUCUCUAGGACAUGGUCUUUCUGGUUGUAACUCCUUACAAACUGCUUAACAGCUUUUUCUGCGUGUGCUGUGUUGGAGUCAGGCUUGCUUCAACUUCAUUUUGGGUCUUCAUUUCCUCAGGAAUAAAAGCUCCUUGGCUGCUC